AUGGCAUCUUCCGGCAACGCCGGACGCAGCACUGACUUGAACGUCUUCGGGGGCCAACUCCAGGUACCUACCGUGUGCAUUGGACAAUUCACCAUACCCCUCUCUGUAGACGGGGUCCCCACACUGAAUGUGCCUCAAGUCAUUGCACCGGUGAGCGCACCACUCCCUUUUGCAAUAGGUAUGACCUUCGCAAAGCCUUCUGGCAUUCCCCCGGUAACCGGACUGAAUCAACUCGAUGACCCGGUGCACUGCAUGCGGGCCAUGCAGGCCCAAAUGCAGCAGGUCCAACAACUUCAGUUGUACCAGCAGCAAGUCCUCCACCAUGUCUAUCAGCAGCAGUACCAGCAACAGUUCCCCCCGCUGCCGCAGAAUCAACAGCCUGUUCCACCUCAGCAUCCGGCUGCGCAACAAACCAAGCCUCGUCGCCGUAGUGAACGCCCUCCUCGCCGUGGAGAGACCUCCCAAGUUCAAAACCGUGGCAGGAGGGAGAGACAAAUUACUCCUCCCACCUUACAGCAAGUAGGUAGGUCGGGAGGCACCCAGCCCUCCAGGCCCCCUUCACCUCAACCUUCGCAGUUCGAAAUUCGACUCGCGGAGAACCGGUUUGGGGCUCUGGUCGCAGACUCUCGACAAGGCCCUUCAGUUCACAGUAGGUUCCGUCAGCAGUUCGAACAGUUGCCAGUGAGAAUAGUACCUGACAAUACUGAGGUUAGCAGCACUAACGCGGAGCCAGUAAAAAAGCAGCAAAGGCGACGCCGUAGAGCUCGUCGAGCAACAGUCUAG